UGGUCAGGGGUACUAGGGUUAGUAACAUGGUCAGGGGGACUAGGGUUAGUUACAUGGCCAGGGGGACUAGGUGUGUUACAGUAGACCAUAUGACAGGGGUUAGUAACAUGGUCAGGGGUACUAGGGUUAGUAACAUGGUCAGGGGGACUAGGGGUGUUACAGUAGAUCAUAUUACAGGGGUUAGUAACAUGGUCAGGGGGACUAGGGGUGUUACAGUAGAUCAUAUUACAGGGGUUAGUAACAUGGUCAGGGGGACUAGGUGUGUUACAGUAGACUAUAUUACAGGGGUUAGUAACAUGGUCAGGGGUACUAGGGUUAGUAACAUGGCCAGGGGUACUAGGGUUAGUAACAUGGCCAGGGGGACUAGGGUUAGUAACAUGGUCAGGGGGACUAGGGUUAGUAACAUGGUCAGGGGGACUAGGGUUAGUAACAUGGUCAGGGGGACUAGGGUUAGUAACAUGGUCAGGGGUACUAGGGUUAGUAACAUGGUCAGGGGGACUAGGGUUAGUUACAUGGCCAGGGGGACUAGGUGUGUUACAGUAGACCAUAUGACAGGGGUUAGUAACAUGGUCAGGGGUACUAGGGUUAGUAACAUGGUCAGGGGGACUAGGGGUGUUACAGUAGACCAUAUUACAGGGGUUAGUAACAUGGUCAGGGGUACUAGGGUUCGUAACAUGGUCAGGGGGACUAGGUGUGUUACAGUAGACCAUAUUACAGGGGUUAGUAACAUGGUCAGGGGUACUAGGGUUAGUAACAUGGUCAGGGGGACUAGGGGUGUUACAGUAGAUCAUAUUACAGGGGUUAGUAACAUGGGCAGGGGUACUAGCGUUAGUAACAUGGUCAAGUGUACUAGGGUUAGUAACAUGGUCAGGGGGACUAGGGGUGUUACAGUAGACCAUAUUACAGGGGUUAGUAACAUGGUCAGGGGGACUAGGUGUGUUACAGUAGAUCAUAUUACAGGGGUUAGUGACAUGGUCAGGGGGACUAGGGUUAGUAACAUGGUCAGGGGACUAGGGGUGUUACAGUAG